UUGUCCGAGUCAUGUGGAGUCAUGUCAGCUGUCCAAAUUAUACUUACUUGACCGUAUCAGUCUGGCUAUUGUAUAUAAGAUAGUUUUGUUACCCCGUAAGCUGCAUGAUGUCCCGUUAUGAGCAUCUGACAAGGCAAGAGAAGCUUGAAGUAGAUCUUGCACAUAAAAUGUUGGAUUCAGUUGCAUGGUUUCUGAAAGAAGAAGAGAGACUUCCCAUUAAUGAAAAAACAGACUUAACGAGGUUUCGCCACAUUAUACAUUUCUUCGUGGAAAAAGAUGAUAUGGAACUGUCUCCGUGGAAAUAUUCAGCGCUUCUUCAUCUUACUGCCAAGUGCGGAUAUGACGAAGCUUUUCAAUUUUUCUUAGGCAAUACAUGCUUUGGCAUUGAUUUUCAUAUCUCGCGAGGAUUAACAUAUAUGCAUAUAGCUGCAGCUGCUGGUACAUGUGGAAUGGUACAGGCUCUUUUAGAUGAAGGUUCUGACAUUAAUGUUCGUGCUGAGCGUACGAUAACAAAAUUUACGGACGAUUACUGUACCUCCACUAUUACUACCCGCCGAGGAUUUACUCCACUCCAUUACGCCUCUCAUACAGGGAAUAUGAAUGUUAUCGAGAUGCUAUUAAACAAAGGUGCAGACCCUAACGUCUCAUCAUACAGGGGUUCGCCGCUUCACUUUGCUUGCGGACUAGCUACGGCUGAUGGAUUCGAUGACGAUUAUCAUUUGCUUACCAAAAAAAACUACACGCCGGAGUAUUUAAAUGAGCAUGAAGUUCACCAUGUGAGAGUUGUACGAUUAUUACUCGAUCGAGGUGCUAAUAUCGACGAAAAAGACCCUAAAAGAGGUAGAACUCCUUUGCAAAUAGCAUGUUAUAAUGGUUAUUUUAAGACUGUGGAGUUUCUUGCAGAACGUGGUGCCGAUUUCAACACCAUAUGUCUGCGAGGUUGUACCACUCUUCACUACUCAUUUUGGUACUGCAACAAAACUAUCGUUAAACUUAGUUUGGAAGCGGGUGUUGACCCCAACAUUAGAAAUAACUCAGAUAAAGCACCUUUAGAUAUUUUACUACGGAAGGAUAUACCUAUGUUUACGGAUCAGGUUCCUUUUUUUCCUUAUAAACUUUUGGUCAAAUAUGGCGUUGAGAUUGAUGUCCAAGAUUCUAAAGGAAAUACGGUACUUCAUAAAGCUUGUUCUAAGUAUUAUCAUAAAGCUGCUAAGUAUAUUCUACAGUUAAGGGCGAAUUUUAAUAUUCUUAAUAAAGAAGGCUUAACACCUAUUGAUUAUUGUCUGAAAAUUCCUGAAGAUGGAGAUGAAGUUCACUUUGAGUCCCGUCAUUUAACGUUAGACAUUGUUUAUGCUUACAUAGUUAUAGCUUUAAAUAAAAAAGCCAACGAGGAACUUUUGUAUAAAGUUAAAAGCGAUGCGGCAUUAACUGAAAUUUAUGAUAAGUAUGAUCAAGAAAUACAAACCAUGAAAGAAAAGAUCUUCGGAUCAAGCAGCAUUUCUUACUUUGAUUUAUUGAAGGCUGAUGAGAAACUAUUGGCAGCAAUUUUCAGAAACAAAAAUAUAAUGUCGGUGUUGGAGACUGAAAUGUAUAAGUUGAAGUUUCCAUUAUAUGCUACUCAUUUAGAAUAUUGCAUUAAAGAGGGAAAGGUCAGACGAGAUUUAGUUCAACGAGGCGCUGCCUUUUUGAAGAAAAUAAUUAAAAAGAACUUACCACUCUUGAUUACUGAUAUGAUUUUGAACAAAUUGAACAUAAAAGAUUUAGAGACCUUUGAAAAAGCGUUCCGGUUUAACAUGGACGUGUUGGAUGUUUCCACAAAACUUCAAAAAGACCUGGAAGAAUCUCUAAUCUCAAGGAUUUUGAAUGCAGUAGAAAUAUUUAUGAAGGAAGAAGAUAGACUCCCAAAAAAUGGGGAGGACGACAGUACCACUAGAUUCCGGGACUUGAUAAAUUUUUUUCUCAUCCAGAAGAAGGAUUUCGACAUCUUGAGUCCAAAUUAUGCAACACUUCUUCAUUUUGUUGUGAAACACGGGGACAAUGAAAGUUUCAAGUCACUUUUGGACGGCAAAAGUAAUUUCGACGUGAAUGCUCACAACUCGAAAGGAACGACCUUGAUGCACGUUGUUGCCAUAAAUGGUACGUGCCAGAUGAUGCAGGAACUUCUGGAUCGCGGUGCCGACAUUAAUAUCCGAACCGGACAAAAUGACAUAGUACAUCAAAAUGCAACAUUUAAUAACUUAUCCUUUAAUAUCACAUCGUUUAAUAAUAAUGAUGGUGAAAUUGAAGGAUAUACUCCUCUUCAUUGUGCCGCCUAUGCGGGAAAUUUUGAAGUUUUGCGGAUGCUUCUGAACAAGGGCGCGGACAUUAACGCUAUCUCCUAUUACGGAACGCCCCUUCAUUUCGCCUGUGGUGAAAUUAACGGUAAUCUUGAGCACGAUUAUUUGCUUAAAAAGAAAAGCUAUUGGUCCGAAGAUAAAAAAAUUAGUGAUGUUGAUCGUGCCAAACUUGUUCAAAUGCUUCUUGAUCGGGAAAAAAGAAACAAAUUCGUGUCCAAGAUGGACUCGCUAAAUUUUACACCUGACUAUCUAGAGGCGCUUUUCGAAUACCAUAAACAUUUUCUGAUGUUCACUCUUGCACUCCAAAGAAAAAACGAAGCACUUUACAACUCAAUAAUAUACAAGGACCCUACUAUGGCCCACAGAACUUUCGGAAUUGACGACGAAACCUUGCUUCAUGCCGCUGGAAGAUUUGGAACUCCAGAUACAGUAGAGCUUCUGAUUAAGCUUGGAUCAGAUGUCAAUGCACGAGAUAAUAAUGGCCACACUCCGUUAUAUCACGCCGCAAAAAGAAGUACAGAAAUAGUUCAAGUCCUCGUAAGCAACGGAGCUGAUAUUAGCAUCCCCAGCAAUGAAUCUAUCACUCCUCUUCAGCAGGUUUUACUUCUUGGAUCAGUAGAAAGGCUUGAAAUCUUGUUAAACAAACCUCCAAACAAAACUCACAAGCCUUCAACAGAUGUCCAAAGAUGCAGAGAAGUACUAGAAUUGCUUUUUCAUCAAAGUGAAACCGCUGAUCUUUACCUAACCAAGAAUGACUUUCCACUUCUCAUAUUCUUUGCAGCCAGAUAUGGCGAUGAAGAAACAUUUAUUCUCGUUCUUCAAAAAAGCGAACAAUUUCUCACGACAGAAGAUACAGAAGACAUGAAAAAUAAUGAAGAAUAUCUAGAUAUUUAUGAAAUACGUCCAUUACGAGCUCGAGAUCCAAUAAAACUCAACAUCCAAGGUUAUUGCGGAAGAACUGCUCUUCAUUAUGCUGUCAGGGAACAACUUCCGAACGUUGUGAGAUUUCUUCUGAACCAAGGUGCGGAUGUUAAUGCCACGACUCAUCAUUUUUACACUCCCCUUCACUACGCCGCAUGCCUUCAAAACGAAAAAAUUAUACAAAUCUUACUGAACGCAGGCGCUGAUCUAAAUCUGAAGAGUCGAAGUGGCGCAACGCCUCUUCAUUUAGUUUCCGAUUACUCAUUUUUCAAAACUCUGAUUCGUCCAGGUAGUGGGGUUAAUUAUCACGAGUAUUCUGUAGAACCCGUAUAUCAUCACAGAGAAUCAGAUAUUGCUUUCAAUCCAAGAAUAAUGACUCUUCUUCUCAAGAGCGGCGCUGAUAUCGAAGCUAGGGGCGAAAACGGAACAACUGUAUUUCAUGAAGCAUGUCGCGAGGGACGUUUGGACAUGGUAAUUUUUCUUUUGAAGGGCGGUGCUGAUCCGUAUGCGCGUGACGAAGAAAACAGAACAUCCCUUCAUCAUGCGGCAAUCGGAAAUAAUCUUGAUAUCGUUGAAUUGCUGUUGCGAAUUGGAUUAGAAGUUGAUGCAGUCAAUAAUUUUGGUUGCACGCCGCUUUUAUAUCUUGCAGAAGACAAGAGGCAGGAACGGUUGGAAAUUAUAAAAUUCUUGGUGGAUAAAGGUGCGAAUAUCAAUGCUAGAAAUAAAAAUCAUGAUACUGCGCUUCAUCUUGCUACCAGCUUAGAACGUCUUAAUAUUGUCGAACUUCUUUUAGAAUUGAAUGCUGAUAUUGGGGCUCGAAACAAGGAGAAAUUUUCGCCACUUUUAAAGUGUUUUAUGGCUACGAAUAACACGUUUAGACCAUCGCCUUCAUUGAAAAUUCUAGUUCCUUUUAUGACUUUGGUGGAAAACGAUGUUGCUAAUCAUCACAAAAGUGAUCCCAUCGCUCCUGGAUGGACUCGAGUGAUUUCUUUGUUCGAAGAAUGCAAACUUGAAUUAGAAAGGAUGAAAAAGAAAUGUGUGUGUGCUGAUAGACGGGUUUCCUUUUAUGAUUUUCUGUCUCUGAGCUCUUUUAAAGCGGUGAUUUUUUCGGGUAAUGAGGAAGUGAUGCAAGUUUUGGAAUCUGGAGAAUAUAAGAAUGAAUUUCCCCUAUAUGCCUUUUUAUUAGAGAGACGGAUAGAGAGAGUUAAGAGGCGUAGGCUUUCUAUGAAAAGGAUGUUCAGCUUUUUUAUAGAAUAUGGAGAUGUCAAGUUACCGGCUUUGGUUAUUGAGAAAGUAUUAGGCUAUAUGUGUGAUAGAGAUUUGAAAAAUUUUGAGUGGGCAUUGUCAGGAAGGAGAAAAGCUUUGUAAAAUUACUUUGCUUUCUAAAAUAGAUUAUUUAUUUGACAUAUAUUUUUAUGUAAGGUCCAAUGUUGCUGGUCGACUGGCCUUUGAAUUAUUUAUUCAGAUUAAAUACAAUUAAGGGGCCGUACUUUAAUUACGUAACAGAUUAUAGGCCCAGAUUUUCAUCUUGUAAUAUUUAUUUAACAUAGAAUCUUUUAUAAACGGAAUAAAACAGCUUUUCAGAUAAAAAUGCAAUAUUUUCAAAUUUAUUUCAAAUAACAAAUUUCUUUUCUACUAUUGGGAAUGGUUAAAUUACGCUACGCCACUUGGUGACAAAAAUCCAAACUAGAAAGAAUAGGUACGAUUUAACUUUUGCAUAAAAGUGUUUCAACCAAUUUUGUUGUGGAGCUUAAAGUAUUUUUUUGGAUACUAAAAGUAAGUAUUUAUUAGAAACAAAGGGUUUUGCUGAAAUUUACAUCUUAUAAGGUGAAGAAACACAUUUUUCUUUACAGAAAUGUCUGUGCAACUGUGAUUUCCAUCGUUUUUAAAAAAUACAUUUUCAGUUGAUCAUUUGUGACUAUAAAUUAAUAAUGAUUUUUAAAAUUAAACUUUU